AUGCCACAUAUUUCCACUUUCUUAGGUAAGUUCCCAAAACAAACAAGACCUGAGCAGUGGUUCCCGCGAGGGGAACUCGGAUCAAAUAACGCCGCGUCCUCUUUGGUAUUCUGAAGAGAAUAGGUGACAACAGAAUUGAACCUCCCUGUCAUUUCGUUUUUGUUCCCUUUUUCUGGCUCCAUUCUUGAAGGAAAGUAAAACAAAGGAAAAGGAACACAAAGUGAUGGAGGCUGCCAUGGGAUUGAUCAGAAGAAUACACCCUAAGCGAUCGGAUACAGCUCUUUCCGCUCUCCUCAGCCUCCUGCCUCACCACUCCUCCGAUCUCCUCUCUCAAGUCGAUCAGCCGCUCCAGGUUUUAUGCGAUGUGGAUUGUGGAAAGGGGUUCAUAUUGUGUGAAUACAAUAGAGAUGCUGACUCCUACAGGUCACCUUGGUCAAAUAAAUAUCAUCCACCACUGGAAGAGGCGCUUUUUCCAUCUUCAGAGUUGAGGAAACUUGAAAUUGAGGCAAAUGAAGCCUUUACUAUCUAUCGUGAACAGUAUUAUGAAGGUGGUAUCUCAUCUGUAUACUUGUGGGAAGAUGAUGAAAGAGAAGGUUUUGUAGCAUGCUUUUUGAUAAAGAAAGAUGGUUCAAAGACAGGCCAUGGCCGAAGGGGUUACCUGCAGGAGGGAGCUUGGGAUGCUAUUCAUGUUAUUGAGGUGGGGCCAGAAGAGGAAAAAGCAGUUCAUUAUUGUUUGACCAGUACUGUUAUGCUGUCUUUGACUACGAAUGAUGAGUCAUCUGGUACUUUCAGUCUCUCAGGGUCUAUUAGACGACAGAUGAACAUGGACCUUGCAAUAGCUGAUGGUCAUCUUUGUAACAUGGGAAGGAUAAUAGAAGAAAUGGAGGGUAGGCUCAGGAACACGCUUGAUCAGGUUUAUUUUGGGAAGACAAAAGAGAUGGUUUGCACUUUACGACCCCCACCUGAAAUAGUGAUGAGACUGCCAAACAGCUGAGCGUCAUAUAUGAUGAUAGCAAUAAAAGAUGCACUCCUUCUUGGAAAUUCCUGCACCAGUGAGUGCUGAAAGAUUUUCUCAGCUCUUCACCUUUUCAUUCUUUACUUGAGAUCAUUAUAUUUUCACUGCUUGACUAUAUACUGUGAAAUGAGGUAGUUCCUUUUGCACAGGAGAGUGAUCCUUUUUGUGCUUUUGCCUAGACAUCAUUUGAACCAAAUUUUAAUUAUUGCUGAAAUGUCUUGAGAAAUGACCAUGGGUACUUUUCCUUUGUUUUCUUGCUGAGACAUUAUUGUGAAAUAAUUACCAGCAUCUUCUUCUUCUUCUCAAA